UAUUUUAGUAUUCUCUCGGAGCGUUCUCGUCAUGCUUCGAUGAAUUUCUUGGUGGUAGUUUUAGGUGAGUCAGGGAAUGGCAUCUGUUGCUGCUAGGGUUAGAAAUGACACUUCUGAUGUUUAAGUUUAUAGAUACAUCUGCAGCAGGUAUUGCUUUAUCUCUUGUACGUGCAUCUGCGGCAGCACCUCAUCAGUGCCGCCUUGCAAAGGAAAUGACGUGAUUGAUGAGGAUGUAGAUAUAGUUGGCGGGAAUGACGCUCCAGUUUCAUGCUUCCCUCCAGUAGAGAUAGAGAAAGAUGCGGUGCAUAGAAACAGUAAAUGCAGUAGUUCCAGUAGCUCCAGUACUGAAUCGGGGUCCUCAUCAAGUGAUGCAGACUCAGCUAGUUCAUCCGCUAGUGAAUUAGAUCCUGCUAAGGUUUCUGGACCUGUCAAGGUGGCGAAGGAAGGCAUGGCUAAUGGAGUAAGUGAUGACCAAAAGAGUACUUUUCAUGACUUAGAUACUGCAUCUGUUGAUGGGAUGGAUCAAGUUGUGCAAAAUUCUCAGCCCAAUUCACUUCCCUUAGAAGCUGAUGUUCAGGGAGAGGAGGAGAGUACUCCACCUGAGAGGCAAGUCUCCCCUGAGAAGCGUUAUCGUGCAGCACUUUUGAGGAACCGAUUUGCUGAGACUAUAUUUAAAGCUCGAGAAAAGGCUCUUGAGAAGGUUGAGAAGCAGGAUCCUGAGAAGUUACGAAUAGAGAGAGAGGAACUCGAGAGGCGGGCAAAAGAAGAAAAGGCUAAAAUUCAAGCUGAGGCAAAGGCAGCAGAAGAGGCUAGAAAAAAAGCUGAAGCUGAAGCUGCAGCUGAAGCCAAGAGGCAGAGGGAGCUGGAGAGGGAACUUGCUCGUCAAGCAUUGCAAAAGAUGGAAAAGACAGUUGAUAUCAAUGAGAACAGUCAGUUUAUGGAGGACUUGGAGAUGCUUCGGGUUCCUCAUGGUGAGGAAUUACCAAACUUCUUGGAGGAGGCAAAGAGCCCAGACUGUUCAGAAGACCAUCUGGGUAGUUUCAAACUCCAGAAUUGUAGCAAUCCUUUAGAACAGCUUGGCUUGUACAUGAAGGUUGAUGACGAAGAUGAGGAUGAGGAGAGUGAGCCGCCCAAAAGUCAUCCGGUUCUGCCGCCGCCAAAUGACGUAGAGGACGGGGAAAUUGAUUGAUGAGAGAAUCUUUUUUCCCAUAUUCUGACACUAGGAACUUAAAUCCUUUUAAGAGGGACUGGAAAGGAGUUCCUUUAGGAGGAAUGAGACAACUGGGGGAAAUCUCCUUCCUUCUUAGGUGACCGCCUAAAUUGGAAGUGCCCAAUGGAUUGGGGGGAACAUACUGCUCCAGCCUUUCUCAAAGAGGGUUGGGAACUUCCUUCUUUUGCUUUGAACAUUUGGCGACUGAGGUUGGUGUUAUCUUAUCUGUGGAUGGUCAGCGACGCAAAAUGUGGAUUUGGAAGGGAGCGUGUACAUAUAGAUAUUUGGAGAUAUUGAUUCCGAUUCAUUGAAAUGGAGCACAAGCGAAAGCAGUAGGCUUUUCUGAUGGACGCCGAGGAUAGACUGUUAUAAAGAAGGGCAAAAGAAAGACGGGAGGAUAAGUUAGAGAGAAGAGGCAGUCUUUCCUUGUAUAAAGGCUCCGGUUCUGUUUGCACGGCGUAAGUGGAAAGAUCAAAUUGUUUUCUUGCUCUGCCACACACAGAAAUAAAAAAGAGAAAGAAAGGAAAAAGCAAAAAUUCAUUCUUUUCCUUUGUUUGUGUAUGUUCCGAUCAUUCCUUCAUUCAAUCUGCUUUUUCAGAUGAACUAUAUAUGUCCAAGCAUGAUGCACUGAUUCUUUUCA